AUGCUCUUCAACCAGUGCUCAUAUAAACACACGUUUACAGGUGUCCUACGCUUGUGUUUUGUUACAGUCCCUGAAGAUCUGUCCUUAGAGGAGAGAGACGAGCUGUCCAACAUACGACGCAGGAAAAAGGAACUGCUGGAUGAUAUUGAGCGGCUGAAGUUUGAGAUCGCUGAAGUGAUGACGGAAAUCGAGCAGCUCACGUGUGUGGGCGAGAGCAAAACAACACAGAGAAACAAACAAAUUGCAAUGGGAAGGAAGAAAUUCAACAUGGACCCCAAAAAAGGGAUCCAGUUUCUGCUGGAGAACGACCUCCUGCAACAGACCCCUGAAGACAUCGCUCAGUUCCUCUAUAAAGGCGAAGGCUUGAACAAAACUGUUAUCGGGGAUUACUUGGGGGAACGGGAUGAAUUCAACAUCAAAGUGCUCCAGGCUUUCGUAGAGCUCCAUGAAUUUGCCGACCUCAACCUCGUUCAGGCUCUGAGGCAGUUUCUCUGGAGUUUCAGACUUCCUGGUGAGGCCCAGAAGAUUGACAGAAUGAUGGAAGCGUUUGCGUCCCGGUACUGCCAGUGCAACCCAGGAGUCUUUCAGUCCACAGACACAUGUUAUGUUCUGUCCUUUGCCAUCAUUAUGUUAAACACAAGUCUUCACAAUCCCAAUGUCCGGGACAAACCCGCCGUAGAGCGUUUCAUCUCCAUGAACAGAGGCAUUAAUGACGGAGGAGACCUGCCAGAGGAGUUGCUCCGGAACCUGUACGAGAGCAUCAAGAGCGAGCCCUUCAAAAUCCCUGAAGAUGAUGGCAACGACCUCACACACACAUUCUUCAACCCGGACCGAGAGGGCUGGCUGCUCAAGUUAGGUGGGCGAGUAAAAACUUGGAAGAGGAGAUGGUUUAUUCUGACUGACAACUGCUUGUACUAUUUUGAGUACACAACAGACAAGGAACCACGUGGAAUUAUUCCUCUGGAGAACCUCAGCAUCAGAGAGGUGGAGGAACCCAGGAAACCUAACUGCUUCGAGUUGUACAAUCCCAACCAUAAAGGUCAGGUGAUCAAGGCCUGUAAGACCGAGGCAGAUGGGAGGGUGGUGGAGGGAAACCACGUCGUCUACAGGAUAUCAGCACCCACACCAGAGGAGAAGGAAGAAUGGAUCAAGUCCAUUAAAGCGAGCAUCAGCCGGGACCCCUUCUACGACAUGCUGGCCACCAGGAAGAGACGAAUCGCCAACAAGAAGUGAAGUCUGCAUCCAAACCGCUUCCCCAAAGCCUGCAACACACACUGCCUUCUGGAACAGCCUUUGUGCGAGUGUGUGUUUUGACGGGCCCAGCAGCCGAAGAAUUCAUGUUUAUAGUUCCUUUCUUGUGUCUCUAUGCGUAUAAAAACACAGCUGUCCUGAUCUGUUUGUAUUUGCAUGGAUGUUGGUACAGUAUGUAUAACUGGGCGGCUCAUCGAGAGGCCAGAGGAAGUCGUUUGUGAUCUCUCACUUCAGAUGUCAGAUAGAAAAGCCAUUUAUUUCAAGAGAAUAUACCUAUUUCGAUGCCCAACGACCUGACGAUGUGAUCGCACAGGGCUCUGAGACAAUAAGCCCUCGUGGCCAUUAUCUCUUAUGGUGCUAGAAGACUUCCUGCGUGCAUGUGACCUCAAGCUCAAAUUGACAUUAAUGAUCCAAUUCUAACACUAGGUGGCGGUCUGGAGUCAGCUGGACUGAUUUCAUGUUGUUAGAGCAAGAAACAGCAAAUAUGUAACACAUACACUGCUGUUCAAAAGUUUGGGAU